CUCUCUCUCUCUCUCUCUCUCUCUCUCUCUCUCAAUGGGCAGGCCCCUAACCAGGGGAUUUUGACUUCCGGCUCCACGAAAACGUGACUCCCAGUUGGCGGCACCACACUUCUCCUCCAUCUCUGCUUCCCUUCAGAAACAAAAAGCUUCAAAUACAGUGGGAGAAGGAGUAAAGAAAAUUUUCAGUAUAUCAGCAAGUGAGAGUCAAAAUGGGAGCUUACUGCAAUGAGGAAUUCUCCCUCUCUCCGGUUUACAGUUCCAUUUCAUCACAGGAUAUUAGACUCUCGAAGCACGUUCACGAUAAUGUCCAUGGCAACAUUUACCUCGAUCCCCUUUGUUUGAAAUUCGUUGAUACCGAGCAGUUUCAGAGGCUUCGGGACCUUAAGCAACUUGGAAUGGCAAACAUGGUUUUUCCCGGCGCUGUGCAUUCUAGGUUUGAACAUUCUCUUGGAGUAUACAAGCUUGCUGGUGAAGCUGUUCAAAAGCUUAAAACUUACCAGGGCCUUGAACUCGGUAUUGACCACUUUGAUAUUCAAACAGUGAAACUUGCAGGACUUCUCCAUGAUGUUGGCCAUGGGCCUUUCAGUCACUUGUUUGAACGAGAGUUUCUACCUAAGGUUCUCAAUGGUGCUAAAUGGUCUCAUGAGCAAAUGUCAGCAAAGAUAGUUGAUAAUAUUGUUGACGAGCACCAUAUUGAAAUUGACUCUGAUAUGGUUAAAAGAGUAAAGGAAAUGAUACUAGCUAGUUCUGAAUUUUCUCAACCCAAAGAAAUGGUGGGAAAGUGCUUUUUGUAUGAUAUUGUUGCAAAUGGUCGAAAUGGAAUUGAUGUGGACAAGUUUGAUUACAUUGUCCGUGAUUGCCGAGCUUGUGGCCUAGGAUGCAACUUUCAGUUUCAGAGAUUAAUGGAGACAAUGCGGGUAUUGGGUGGUGAAAUUUGCUAUCGUGCUAAGGACUAUCUUACUGUCUACAAGUUAUUUUGUACUCGAGCUGAUUUGUAUAGGACAGUUUAUACACAUCCAAAAGUAAAGGCAAUAGAGCUUAUGGUAGCAGAUGCCUUGUUUAAAGCCAAUGAUUACCUAGAGAUCUCAUCCUACAUUGAGGAUCCAUCUCAAUACUGGAAGUUAGAUGAUACAAUACUCAAAACGAUUGAAACAGUUGUGGACCAACAACUUAAGGAAGCAAAGGAAUUGAUCUUGCGCAUCCGCAGAAGGAAUUUGUACCAGUUUUGUAAUGAAUAUGCUGUUCCCAAGGACAAAAUAGAACAUUUCAAAGAUGUUACUGCACAAGAUAUAGUUUGUUCUCAGAAAAAUGGAGUCCUUUUAAAAGAAGAAGAUAUUGCUGUCAGCAAUGUUAGGAUCGAUUUAACUCGUGGAAGGCUUAAUCCACUGGAAAGCAUCAACUUUUUCAAGGAUUAUGAGAAUGAAGAGAAAUUCCCAAUACCGGAUGAGCAUAUUAGUCACUUACUACCUUCAUUUUAUCAAGAUAUGAUAGUGAGGGUGUACUCCAAGAAACCUGAACUGGUAGGAGCAGUGUCUGAGGCUUUUGAAAAUUUUCAAUUAAGAACCUAUGGGAUCAAAGCUCAGAUACAUGCAACACCAGAGAAGAAGAAAAGGCGGUUAUGAGAUAAUUCAUUUGUGCUAUUAUUUCCAUAUUUAUUAUAGUUUGUUGAAAUAAAAAUUCUUUUUAAAUUCGUAAAUCUGUAAAAAUUAAACAUAUAAUAUCGUACUGAAUUAAUGUGAAAUAUAAGCGGAAAGAUAGCUGGAUC